AUGUCCAGGAAGUUGUGUCUCCGCAAUAGUUUUCGCGGGUCGUCAUCGCGAUCAUUGUCUAACGAACUGCAUCCGACUACUAGCGAUCACAGUAGUCAAAACCUACUUACAAGCGCUCACCUAUGGAGACCCUCUGUGAACGAUCCACUGCUACCAGCCGGGGAAGUUAGGCAUGGAAUUCCACCUACGAUAAAAUUCGGUAAAACUCCACUUCAUAGUCCAAAUUCGAGUCUUCAUAUCAUCAGGGGAAUAUCCGUUGCGGCAGCAGACAAUGAUAGGAGUCACAGUGGGGAGGGUGGAUCAUUUGGCUAG